CAUUUCCGUGAAUUACAGUCGAAAUUCAGGUAUGGAAAGGCGGCAAAUUUGUGAACUCUCUGCCUAUGAAAAGAGUGGAGGUUAGCUGGCAUUUCUGUUCCCUCUCUCAUACUUUCCUAAUUGUCUUCAUUCUCCCCCCAAAACCCCCCUCUUUUGGAGUUUUGAUCUAAUACUCUGGUAAAUCAGCCCCAUUCCCCUAAAACCCUCUUUUCAUUUUCCCCUUUUGAGUCCAAUUUCAGUUCCUCUGUGAUAUACAUCUGCUUUCUCAGGGAUGGACCAAGGUGUCAACCUAGUACUGAAAAUGAUUGAACAGGAUGGUGCAUCUCUAGCAAAGAAAGCUGAAAUGUGUAAACAGACUAGGCCAGAUUUGAUUGAUGAAAUUGAGAAAUUCUAUUGUUUGUAUCGAUCAUUGGCUGAGCGCUAUGACCAUUUGAAUGUGGAAUUAUACAAAAGUAUACCAUCAGAGUUCCAAAUGCAGGGUGCUGGCAAUGCCCCUGACACACCAAUGCUAACUCCUGAUCAAAAACUGGGAUCACUCAAGUCUGGUCGAGUUGCAUCUGUGAGCUCUGGUGGCUCUGACUCAUCAUCAUCAUCAUCAGACUCUGAAUCAGAAUCUUUCAACUCCUCUGGAAAUGCCUACUAUAGCCUCCCCAUAAGCACUGAUCAUAAGGGCCAGCAUCAGAAGAUUGAGUUGGGAACUGGUCUUCCAAAGAAGCUCAAGAUGGAUGUGGAAGAAAAUCGAGAUGGUGUGUUGAAUGUGGAAGAAAAUGAAAAUUAUGAAGAAUUGCGCAGCAAGGUUAUCAGGUACGAGGAAGAGUUAAGAGUUUUAAAGCUAAAAUUGCAGCUCUCAGAAGAGGAAGUCACUGAGUUGAAAAACGAGCUUGCAAAGAGUAAACAUUUUAUGAUACUAGCAGAAACUUUACAGGCUCAGCUUGAAUCAGCAGAUAGAGAUGUCAAAAUGAGGGAGGCUGAUCUUGAAGAGGAAAGAAGAAGAGUAAUGGCACUGCAAAAACAAGCAGUUGAUGAUAAACAUGAAUUGCAAGGUCAGCUGAAAUUGGCUCAAGAUGAAAAAAUCAUGUUGAAGGCCAUGCUUGAUUCAGAGAGUAAUCAAGUUCUAGACUUGCAGGAGAGGAUUGUCCAGUGUGUAAAUGAUUUAUCUGAUCGCGAUGAUGAGAUCAAAGCAUUAAAACUUAAAGUACUUAAUGCCGGGGAGAAUUUCUUGAUUGAAAAAUCACAUAUGCAGUCAAAGAUAUCUAGUUUGUCAGAGAGAGAGAACUUGUUGGAGGUAAGGCUCAGAGAACUGGAAUUACAAGGAAAAACCAUGGAGGAUAAAUUAAGGCAAUUCCAAACUGAGAAAAUGGAAUUGCAACUUUUACAUGACACCCACAGGAUGGGAUUGGAAGCAGAGAUCAGUCAGUUGAAGGCAGAAGUUGGUGACAGAAGUGGGCAUGUAGAAAUUCUAAAUAAAAACCUUGACAAUCUUAAAUUCAAGUAUGAUAUGCUUAUGGCAGAGAAAGAUGGGAUGAAUGCUAAGGUAAACACACUUGUUGCAGAUUUGAGCUCACGAGAAAAUCAAAUUGGACAAAUGGAGGAGCACCUUCGGCACAUGCAUAUGGAAAAUUUGGAACUCAUUGCUGGGUCUGAAAGUGUGCAGAAGCUAGUCCAUGAGCUAAGAUUGAGAGCAGCGGAGUUAGAGAAGGAGGUGGACAAGCAGAAGGGUGAGCUUUCUGCUGGUGCUGAGGAGAAAAGGGAAGCAAUAAGGCAGCUUUGUUUCUCCUUGGAUCAUUAUAGGAGUGGUUAUAAAGAGCUUUAUGAAGCAUUUCUUCAGCAGAAGCGACAUGCAGUUAUGGCUUCCUAAGGUCUCCCAGUUCUAUCAUUGGACUAGUAAGGUUUCUAUAGCUCAUUUGCAUGUUUUGUAUGUGUAUGAAAAAAUUGUUGUUUGUCGUGGAACUUUUUUCCUUGUUGGAAAGUUUUGGACCUCCAAGCAUUGUAUUUUUGGCUCAUUAUCAAUUUAGACAUUUGAUUAUAGCUAAUCUUGAAAUUCCCAUGAUGCACUGUAUUCUGAAUCUUGGAGAUGAAUACAAUCAUCUUAUGAAA